UGUUACGAUUCUUUCAAACAGUCCACAUAUCUCUUCAACUGCAGCAUUUAGUCGCUGCUCCAUCAACGCUCUGAACAUUUGGACUUUGCACAUUUCUACACAAUCGCACUAGCUCUCUGUUCACGAAGUGUUGCUAACCUCGGCGUCCUCUUUUCUGUGGCGGGAUCUGUGUCCAGGACCAGACCAGGGUCCAAACGCCGGUUCAAUCCCGAGCUCUUGGAACUUGCGACGACAGAUGAGAGCCCCUGUGAUGGCCACGCUGCCCAAAGAGAAGGGAAGAGCUGCAUGCAAAAACAAAGGGACAACACAGUGUGAGAAUUUUCAGCUGAAUUCCCACUUGACUACACUGGCCAGCAUCCAUAAGAUCCACCACACGUUGCACAGGCUGAACCUAACCGAGGACGUUGGACAGGACAGCCACACGUCAGCUUGUUGCUCUAGAGCUAUGCCUCCUAGGAAAAAGAGGAGACCCACGGCUGGAGAUGACAUGUCAGCCAAGAAGAGUCGCCAGGACAGAAAAAUUGACUCGCCACUAAUCCAUGACGAGGAGACAUUUUCCAACAAAAGAUGCUUGGAAUGGUUCUACGAAUAUGCAGGCUGUGAUGAUGUGGUGGGACCAGAGGGGAUGGAGAAGUUCUGUGAGGACAUAGGAGUGGAACCAGAGAAUGUGGUAAUGCUGGUUCUGGCGUGGAAGCUGGAUGCUCAGAGUAUGGGCUACUUCACCCUACAGGAGUGGCUGAGAGGCAUGAGCUUGCUGCACUGCGACUCCACUGAGAGGCUGAGGAACACGUUGGACUACUUGCGAUCUGUCCUCAACGACGGCACCAGCUUCAAGCUCAUUUAUAGAUAUGCCUUUGACUUUGCAAGGGAGAAGGACCAGAGGAGUUUGGACCUGAACACGGCCAAGUGCAUGCUGGGGCUUCUGCUGGGGAAGACGUGGCCCCUCUUUCCUGUUUUUAAUCAAUUUCUAGAGCAAUCCAAGUACAAAGUCAUCAACAAAGACCAAUGGUGCAACGUCUUGGAGUUCAGCCGGACAAUCAACUUGGACCUCAGUAACUACGACGAGGAUGGCGCCUGGCCCGUGUUGUUGGAUGAGUUUGUGGAGUGGUACAAGGAAAGACAGAUGUCAUAGCUACAGCUGCAAAAAAGAAAAUGGCAACUAAUAAACAACAACAAAAAAAUACUGUGAUGACCCCAACGAGGAGAAUCAGCAAUUAAACAAAAAAAACGAUAACGCUGGUUUCAGGGGAGAGUCCUAGGAAUGGAGGUUUAAAGGAGGCGGCUAGGUUAACUGAUGAUCACUAAAUCCUGUUCCCUUUUUGAAGUAUUGGCUCUCACUGUGAUGCGUCGUUUUGAAAAUAGCGGAAAAAGUAUUGAUGAGCUCCUCCCCCUCCUGCUUUGCAUCAUUGGAGAUGUUCCAUCAAGUCUUACAGAAUCCACUUGGACCUGAGCACAUUUAGACGAUAUUAAAGAAAAUAAGCUGUGCAGUGAGCUUUUCUGCUUGUGCAAGAAGAAGCACAUUGUGGUUCCUACUUCAGGUUGCUGUUUACUUGUGCCAGUCAUACUUUCUACUUCCCUUCUGCUUCUUUUGUCUCCUAGCACCAAACAAAACCGCAUUGCUGCUAAUUCCAGUAGAGCGCCCUCUCCUCCCUCACCUCUCAGCAUUUUAUCGGUUCGUGACGGCCGAUUGACAUUAGCGUGUGACUGUGCCUCAAAUGGUUGGACUUCACUUGGCCACACAUUUGUACAUAUAUCGGGAUGUGUGUAAGAGGGGGCAGAGAUUUGUUAAUCCAGCCUGUGUGGGCUGCCUAUAGAGCUACUUCUUGGUGUCCGUUUUGUUUGGUCUUCCUUAGUCCACAGAUAGUUUCUUCAGGUUUCCUCCAAUGAGUAGCAUCCCUCUUGAUACUGACAGUGUUCAAAGAUAAGAACAUGCUCACCACCCGUAGAAUCUAAAUGGGACACUGGCAGUCGUCAUAGCGCUACGUUCUUGUAUAGAUUUUCUGUCUUUGGCUGUUGUGUGACUGAAUCGUCCAAAAGAUUUGAAUAUUUGCAUGCAGCUCCGACAGCCUUUUCUUUUUUGUUGUUGUUAUUGUUGUACAGGAAAUGUUUUGUGCUUAGAUUUGAUAUUCACGAUCAUGUUUGUUUAUUUCCUGAUGGAACUCAUGAUUGUGUUUAUUAAGACCUGGAAAAAAAACACACAUGUAACCUCAUGGUGGAACAAGCAUUCACUCCUGCAUUGGCCCACAAAGCGAGGCGGCGUAUGCCCCCUUUUUUUCCAUGUUUUUUUAAUUUAUUGCCAGUGCUUUUGUUGACAUGCACUUGUACACGUCACCCCUGCUUUCACUGUAAAUUGAAUGACGCAAGGUUUGUGUAUAGUUUUAAUGUCUUUUAGUAUUCUCUCAUGUCAAUACAGGUUGAUGAACACGCUUGUCCCAACUGUAUAUAUGUAUGUAAACUAAGUGUCUAUAUGUUGGUUUUCACUAUAACCUAUGUCUAUAUACUUAAAUAAAAAGGGUUUAUUAACUUA